AAGACACAGCUGACCGCCACACACGAACGCGCGCCCUUCUCCUUCUUCUGAAUUCUUCUCGUUGCUCCUCUACUUCCCUACUUUCUAGUCUGCUCUCAACUACACCGGUCUGCACUAGUAAUCUGCAGAGUCUCCGAAAUAUCUUGAAUUUCACCAACUUCGUCCCACCUCAGAAGAAAUUUGCGAUCAGCCACAUACACACACAUACUGUUUCUCUCUCCCCUUCCCCCUCCCCAAGGCGGAAUCCUGCCGCCUCUCGUUCCCUUCGGCAAGCGCGGAGGCGCAAGAAGACCAGACGAAUCCAAGAAAUCAUGGGGAACGCAAGACCUCUCCUCGUCGGUCCAGACUCGGGUCCGGAGACGCCUUUCCCGCUGCAGAUGGAGGGCAAGGUCAUCAAGGGGUUUGGCCGGGGUUCGAAGGAGCUAGGCAUCCCCACCGCCAACCUCCCCGUAGACACCACGCCCUGGAUCAAGGAUGCCAAGUCUGGCGUCUACUUCGGCUGGGCCUCGCUGGAGCUGCCCACGGACCACCCAGACCACCACAAGACGACUACGACUUCUGCUUCUCUCCCUCCCACACAGCAGCAGCAGCAGCAGCAGCAGGAGAAGAAGUACGCCGUGUUCCCCAUGGUCAUGUCCAUCGGGUACAACCCCUUCUACAACAACACAGUGCGCAGCGCCGAGGUGCACGUCCUGGACAACUUUGGCGCCGACUUUUAUGGCGUCGAGAUGCGCCUGCUAAUCCUGGGCUACAUCCGGGACGAGCAGAGCUAUGAUGGUGUCGAGGCGCUGAUCGAGGAUAUCAAGACGGACUGUGAGGUGGCGAGGCGGAGCCUGGACAGAGAGGGCUGGAGGCUGCAGGGCACGGCAGGUGGGAAGUUCGAUGGCUCUUGGCUCACCAGGUAGAGACGGUAGCAGAGGAGGUGGAUGGGUAGAUGGUGGCUCGUAAGAUGUGUGAGCGUUUGUGUGCAGUUCAGCGAUGGCCAAGUCAGGUCUUUUUUUCUUUCUUUCUUUCUUCUUUGUCUACAUCUUCUCUCUCUUUUCAUUCAAUCUCCCUCUCUUACAGGACUCAUAGACGACACAAACAGACAUAGAACACCCAUACAGUAUAUAGAACAAUUUUAUCUUGGGAAAAGAUUCUUCCAU